AUGGAGCUCGCCUGGGCUUUGGGCACGUCUGUGCCGCUCUCGGCGAGUCCGAAAGGUGUGAGAGCUGAGAAACGCCUUCGCGCGGAUGCUCCAAGAAGUCGCUCGAAGCCGCUCUUGGCUGGCUUUCUGGGCUUGGCUUCGGCCAGGGCUCGCCGCCUUGCGCGCCUCGCGCGCGCGGAGGAUAGGCUGGAGACGACCUUGUCCUCCAUUGAGUCUCAGUUGCGGAAGCAAGACAGCAUUGUGAGCAGCUGUGGGUUGAGCGCCUCAUAUGCAAAUCCCACCAAGUCGACGCCAGCUGGACUGAAAGCGAUGGAGGAACUGGAAAAUCUGGUGAAUUCCUUCGACGAGGAGCUGGAGUUGCCAGGCGGAGAUGACCGAUUGGCCAGAGCCCUUGCUGCCUGCUUUUCUGAGCACACUGGGGAGGCUCUCGACAAGACUUUGGAGACUCUGCGGCAAAAGAGCGAUCACGGGCAACAGUGCUUGGAUGACGCUGAUGCUGAUGCAGUGACCAAGCUGAGUCAAUACUUGAAAGUAGGAAGUGGUGGCCGGCCAACACUGGAUGAGUGGGUGCAACCUCCUCCCAGUGACUCUGACGCCGAGCCGACGGCUCAAAAUGCCCGGUAUCCCUUGCUGGCGGCAAUACAGCAGGUGUCCCGUCUGGGUCGCAGCGGCCUGGGCAGCAGCGAGGCCGCGUCGCUCGGCCGCUGCGCCCGGCGGCGGGGCGAAGGCGACGCGUCCCGUUUGGACGAGGUGCUGUCCGGCGCCGGCGCUGCGAGCGCCACGGUGUUCGGCGACCCCAAGGUGACGGUCUUGGGGCUGGUGGACGUCCUGGACCGAGCGCAGCCGGGGGAUCUGCUGGUGGCCGACCCCGACCUCCCCCUCCGCGACGUCUUGCGGGCGGCGGCGCACCGCAAAGUGGCGGCGGUGCUGGCGGAAGCCGCGGACGUGGCGGACGCUGAGGCGGCCUUCCAGGAGUUUCAGUCCGAGUCGCUGCGGGCCCUGACGCUUCGACCCCCCACACUCAGUUCCUCGCGCCUGGCAGGGGCCUUCUUCGGGGACCUAGGAGUGCGACACGUGGCCGUGGUGGGGGCGGAGAUGGAGGCGAGGACGGCAUCUUGGCUGCUGUUCAAGAUGUUGGAAGCACGAAUCGGCGCCGACAAGACGGGCUUGAUCGACCCGCGGCGGUCCUUCAUUGCCUACGACCAGCUGGAAGUGUCAAGGGCUUUGACCCCAUGCGCUGUGCAGGAGAUGCUGGCGGGCAUGGCGGAGCAGAACAUCGAUAUCGCCGUGUCCCAGGUGUCUCCAGAGUCGCUCCAUGCGUUCAAAGGCCUUGAUGUUGACCUGGUCCUCGACGUGUCGUCCACGCGCUCGGAGAUGGGUUUCGGCUCGGUGCAGAAAGUGGUCGGCCCAGAGACGCGGUCCAGGAAUUUCUUCGCCAGCUACAGCUCCGAGCUGGAGUCACCGUUCGACACAUUCGAGGACGACUACGGCAAGCUCCUCAAGAAAGAGUUGGUUGCCAAGCUGGAGGCCAUGGGAGUAGCUGUGCCCAAAACGGCCAAGAAGAGCGACUUGCUGGAGCUCCUGCGGUCGCAGCUGGAGCUGCCUCCAGCGCCUGAAGAGUUUGCGGCAGAUCCCCAGGGCUCCAACCUGCACGUGCGCGCGCAGAAGACCUUGGCUGGGGGUCUCUCUGUGCGUGCGGCCGGCCUGGGCCUGGACGCGGAAGGGACGCUGCCCCGUCUGGGCGCCUGCAGCUUGGACGCCUUCGCCGCGGCGCUGUGCGCGGCCCAGGUCUUGGCUCCCCACACGGAGCUACCGGAUGCGGAGCUGGCGGUGCCGGCGCUGCUGGAGGUGCACAGAGGGCCCAACGGAGAGUUGGGCAUCUUGCACGAGGCUUCCUCGGUGGAGGAGGUGGAAGCUGCUUUGAGGCAGGUCAGAGACCUGACAGAGGGCCAAGUAACCGCAGUCUUCGGGUGCGACGGAGAGGUGAAUCGCACCGAGCGGGCCAGGUACGCCUACGUUUUGGCACAGCUCUGUGACCGCGUUGUGCUCACCUCCUCGGACCCCAGAAGCGAACCGGUGAUGCAGAUCAUCGAGGACGUGCUGGCUGCGAUUCGGGGAUACCGAAGGUGGGAGGAUGAGCAAAGGACCUCACCCCUGAGGGUGUAUGUGGUUGCGGAUCGUGCGGAUGCCAUCAAGCUGGGCAUGAUCAAAUCGAAGGGUCUCGGAGAAGCGCCUGAGGUGACGGUUGUCUUCGGAAGAGCUUAUCGCGACGUUCAGGAGGCGACGGACGAACACGGGCUCCUUCGUGCCUGGCUUUGCAACGAUCGGAGCCUGGUGUGCGAUGCUUUGCAGCUUGCUGGGGAGGUCAACUCAGAGAAUGCUUCCUGGGUGAAAUGGGAGAACAGCCUCAGAGGCAAAAGAUUUAGCCUUCCCGGGCGAUCGCUGCACUGGUCGUAUGCUAUUGAAGCGUCAAGCGAUGGCCAACUAGUGGAGCUGAUGUAA